GACACAGCUAUCUUCGCCACAACAGCAAGUACACGGACCUGCGACCAGGAGCUGAAAAUACAGCCGCUGGAAAAACAGGAGCACGUUCUGGGAACGCCGUUUGGAGGAGCGGGGAAGGGGGGAGGAGGGAGAAACGAGGUGGCGGAAAUCGCUGGAAGGCCCCGCAGGGGCAGCCCUCGCUUCUGACCGGUGCCAUCGACACCCGCCAUCACCCGCUGGGCGAUGCUUACCACCAGCGGCCACACCUAGAAAAUGUACGAGAAUGUCACAAGCCCGCCGGUUGAAAAUGGGUCGGGCCAAGACCCCCACCAUGGCACCUCCAACUCCUGUAACAACGACGAGUCCUACAAGUACGUCUUCCUGCCCGUGUGCUACACCUACACGUGCGUCCUCAGCCUGGCCCUCAACUCCAUCAUCAUAUGCAGCAUCCUGAAGAGGCGGAAGGAAUGGAACUGCUCCCUGAUCUACAUGUUUAACCUGGCCUUGACGGACUUCAUGUAUGGCCUGUCACUGCCGUUUCUCAUCGCCAGCUACAUCAUGCACGACGUCUGGGUUUUUGGCGCCUUCACCUGCCGCCUGGUCCGCUUCCUCUUUUACUUUAACCUCUAUUGCAGUAUCUUCUUUCUCACCUGCAUCAGCUUUCACCGCUACCUGGGCAUCUGCCACCCCAUGAAGACCAUCACCAUGGAGACCAAGAAGACCGCCAGGGUGGUGUGCGUGCUGGUGUGGCUGGUGGUGCUGGCCCUCACCAGCCCCAUCUUCCACUUUGCCAAGACGGCCACCUCCAACAACGUCACCAACUGCUGGGACGAUGCCCUAGACACCGAGUACCCGCACUACGUCCCCUAUGGGAUCAUCCUGCACUCAGUGGGCUUCUUCCUGCCCUUUUCCAUCAUUGCCUGGUGCUACUCUCGCGUGAUAAAGACCAUCUUCAAGACCAUCAACAACCAGCAGUUCAAGUCAGCGGUGCCGGCCCUGGACAAGAGGCGCAAGUCCAUCAAGACCAUUCUCACUAUCACCCUGCUCUUCGCCCUCUGCUUCCUGCCCUUCCACGUCACCAAGACCAUCUUCCUCAUCAACAAGGCAGUGCCCGACGUGGCCUGCUCCACCAAGCGGGUGGUCACCAUCUGCUACAAGGUCACCAGGCCGCUGGCCAGUUUCAAUGCUUGGCUCAACGCCCUGCUCUACUUCCUCACCAAGGACAAGUGGCCGCAGAACUGUCUGAAGCCCAAGAAGGACGAUGACUCCAAAUCCUCAUGGAACAUCUUCAAGCCCUUCAACCACAUGACGUCGCCGGCCUGAGCCCGGCCUUUUUGUGAGGGACGGCAGUGGGCGCCUGUUCCCCUCACCACCACCCUCCCCGUCGCCUAACCCCUUCCCCUUCUGUGGACGGACAGCUCCAUCCUGGGUGAUUCCUGCCAGCUGCUCUUCUCACCACCAUCUUCUGUCACCAUCACCCUGUUCCUCGCCCCUCACUGCCAUCCUGUCCUCGCCCCUCACUACCAUCCUUUACCUCGCCCCUCACUGCAAUCCUUUACCUCGCCCCUCACUGCCAUCCUUUACCUCGCCCCUCACUGCCAUCCUUUACCUCGCCCCUCACUGCCAUCCUUUACCUCGCCCCUCACUGCCAUCCUUUACCUCGCCCCUCACUGCAAUCCUUUACCUCGCCCCUCACUGCCAUCCUUUACCUCACCCCUCACUGCCAUCCUUUACCUCGCCCCUCACUGCCAUCGUAUUCCCCACCACUCAGCACCAUUCCUCCAUCUCUCGCUACUAUCCCCAUCCCCCACACCAAUACUCCCAUCUCCCACUCACCCCUGCCCACCCCACUCACGGCCCAGUACCUCCCUCGUCAUAGCCCACAUGAAAAUUUGACUCUUGUGGAACUGACCAACUCUGCCACUGUUUAACUGGUGCCCCGUGUGGACUGCCAGUGUUGAGGAGGAAGCAGCCUCUCCAGUGGGGUUGGAGGUGUGACACCCGAUCUCUCCCCCACCCCACCCCACCCACACACUGCCCCACCCCCCCCCCCACUAACCCUACCCGAUUCCACAACUGAUGGCCUUCCAAAGCGUCGAGGAGCUUCUCACUGCCGGAGUGUGUCUCAGUGAAACGAAGCCAUUAUUUAAAGAUUAGGAAUCAUUUCGUUUGCUGCCAUUUCCUGGACAACCACACGAGCUGGUGGUGCUGGGGGAUGGAGACGGGCUCCACAAAUGGCAAGCAGCCGAUCUGCCUUCUGCGGACCCCCACCCUCCGUUCCUGCCCUGACUUGUUAUCCCGAGAAGACAGCCUGUUCCCUCACUCCAAACGCUGUGUCUUCAAGCAGCGUCAACACCUCCUCAUGGACAAGGCUCUGAAGUGGGGGCUUGACCUCAUCACUCGGAUAAAGAGAGAGAAGGAGCAUCAACAUAGCCUCGGACUCUUGGCUCACGGACUGUCUUGGAUUCAGCCAAGGGAAAUGUGAAGCUUCAGUGCUUAUGUUUUAUCGGCCUGAGGUUGUUUAUCGCCGAGUUGGUUGACUCACCCUUGAACCCACCUGCCCACAGACUGGGUCACCUUCAAUAGAGGGUGGGGAGGGGGUGUGUGACCAGUACCAGACUUGGGACAUAUGGUGUUCACCUAACCCUGAAGCAGACAGACCCCUGCUCAACAGGACUCUGUCAAUUUUGAUUUCUGAAAUGCUUACCCUUUGGGAGAUCUAAUCAUUAACCUUCUGAAGGGAAAAUGUAUUAUAAAAGAUAACCUUACACAAUCUAUGUAUUAUAUAAAUAGAAGUAUGAAAUGUG